UUAAAAUUUUUCGUUAAAAACUCCAUAGAAGUCAGAAAAAUCAUCAAAGAAAUAAAACCUGACCCUGACUAUCAACUGGUGUCUUUCGAUGUGGUUUCAAUGUAUACAUCCAUACCCUUACAGUACAUCUAUCAAAUCAUCACCGGAAAUUGGACUAUUCUACAGAAUUUUUUCAAAAAUAACUUCAACUUAUUCAAAGAUCUCAUAGAAUUUAUUUUAUUUAAUGGUUACUUUAUAUUUAAUGAUACCUUAUACAAACAAUCUCAUGGCGUUGCCAUGGGUGAUAGUUUCCCACCUAUUGCCUGUGACCUAAUUAUGGACCACAUAUUUAAGAAAAUAGUUGAAAAAUUCAAAGAUGAUAUAAAAUUUGUAAAAAAAUAUGUUGAUGAUAGCCUUUUUUAUGUCAAAAAAUCAAAAAUCGAUGAACUUUUUCAGUUUGCCAAUUCCCUUCACGAUAGCAUAAAAUUUACCACUGAAAACGAAGUUAAUGGUACUAUUUCUUUUCUAGAUCUGCAAAUUAUAACUAGUGAUGGUUCUUUUCUUACGAAACACUAUACAAAACCAAUAGCCAGUGGUAGGCUAGUAAAUUUUCAUUCUUUCCAACCAGCAAAGCAAAAAAUAAAUAUUUUGAAAAAUCUCAUAGAUAGGGUACUUGGUCUCUCUGAUGCUUGUUUUCAUAAGGAAAAAAUCGAUCAUAUCUAUGACGUUGCUUUGGCUAAUGAUUACCCCUGGAAAAUGAUACAAUCCCAAAUUCAGCUUUUUUAUAACCAUAGUAACCCUUCUACUGAUCAUUCUAAUUCUAAUAUUGGACCAAAAAAAUUUCAGUGUCUCAAUUAUGCUGGUAAAACUUCCAAACGUAUUGAAAAACUUUGUCAGGAAGAGGAUUCGACCAUUACUUUCGCAUAUAAAAAUCCCAAUAACCUAUUCAAACGUAUUUUUUCCAACACUAAAAAUAGGAUUCCUAAUUUGAGUCAAAGCAACGUAGUUUAUAAAGUAAAAUGUAUGAAUUGUAACGUUGAGUAUAUUGGAGAAACAAAGCAACACCUUAAAGACAGAAUGUAUAGGCAUAAUCUAGAUGUUAGAAAUGGUAGGACUACUACUGCACUAUCAGAACACUCUGUAAUGUAUAAUCAUAAGUUCGAUUUCGAAAAUGUAAAAAUUCUUCAUAAAGGUUGUUCUAAUCUACAGAAAAGAAAAACCACAGAGGUACUGUACAUUUUAAAUAAUCGAAACUGCAUCAAUAAAAAAACGGACGUUGCUGGUUUCGAUGUGUACAAAUCUCUAGUACAAUACCAAUAAUUUAUCUCGUUGCUUGCUAUUUCGUCGUACGUAUUUUCACUUAUUAGAUAUACCUAGUUAGUCUUAGUGUACACCUGAUGAAGGCACCGUGUGCCGAAACGUUGUGUCGAUGUGUUUUUAACGUGCAAUUAUAAUCAAGUCAAAAUGUGUUAUUUUUCUUUCUUUUUGCUACUCUAAAAUUUGAUACUUGGUUUUUUUCUAAAUGAUUUUUUUAACUUUAAUAGAAAUAUUUUUGGAAACACUGCUAGCAGAUUUGGAGCAAGCUGUUAACAAGCAGAGCAUUACGAAGAAACAGGCCAAAAAAGCGUUUGAUAUACUUAAAGAAUUUGCCUGUGUAUUCAGCAAAUACCCAGGAAAAUGGGUAGGACCUCCAAUGAAAUUGAGAUUCAAAGAUCCCAAGAAUAUAAAAAGAUUUCAUGGUCCGAAGUACACUCCAUCGAACAAGCAGAUGCCACCAGUGUGAGAGAAGCUCUCAGAGUGAUGAUUGCAAAAAAUAUCGUUGAACCUUCAAGCUCACCCUAUAUCAACGCAUUAGUUGUCAAUAUAAAGAAGAAUGGCGAGGUGAGAUUGUGCCUAAAUCCUAUGGAAUUAAAUCCACUCCUCGAGAACGAUUAUAAUGAGGCUGGAUUGCUCGAUAGAAUAAUAACAACAGAUGGAUGAGCCAAAAUCUAUUGUUGUUUAGAUUUUGUUGCCGGAUUUUGGCAAAUGGUACUACAUGAAGCCUGUAGAAAAUAUUGUGCUUUCAUUGUAGAUGGAGAAGUCCAUCAGUUCAUCAGAGUGCCAUAUGGAUUAAAAGUAUCAUCAGCCCUGUUUGUGAAAAUGAUAAAUAGCAUUAUGCCAAACAGAAGAGGCAGAACGAAGUACAUCGACAAUGUUUUAAUAAAACAAGAGUUUUUGACAAUUCUUGGAAAAAUGCAAGACAGACAAUUCAAGCAAAAAGCAGAAAUAUUUGGCAAUUAUUGGCAAAAAAGUGACACGUUUUCGCAGAAAUUUUUUCAAUUUUGUAGUUGAAAAGCAAAAGUUUUUGGCAAAAGAGCGAGAUUUUAGUACUUUUUCAAAUUUUUUGUAAAAAAAAAAUAAUAACCAACAAUUUGUUAACAAAAAACAAGACCGCUUGGCAAUGUUGUUAAAAGGUGAGAUUUUUGCUAUUUUUGGCGAAAAGUGGGACUUCAAAAAUCUUAGCAAAAGGCAGAGUUUUGCAACUAUUACGCUGAGUAUGAACCCUGAAAAUGCCUUUUGAACCAACUACAGUAAAUCAAAGUAGGUACCUACCUAUAAGUCAACUUGUACAGAAGGCUCAGGAUUGGCUCGAAAAAUGGGCUCAAUGGGAGCAGGAAGGAAUGGACAUCACAUCACUUGAAGCAAGUGCAAUUUAUUGCAAUAGGAUGAUCAAGUUUUGGUGUCCCUGAUCAAGAUUACGUAUGUACUUUAAUAAGAAAUAAUAAUAACUUUAAGAGCUACCUUGUGAUAAAGAACAUGGGUUUUCAUUUUUCUCGAAGACAUUUUUUUUUUCAAGUUCGAGUUUAUGUAAAUAAAGUUUAAAAAAAAAUUUAAUAUCACUCUCCUCAUCUCCUGCUUUGCUUGAAGAAAUAGGUUCAGGUACUUCUUUGAAUGAAUUUUUUGAACAGGUUGUUUCAAAAAUUUCCCUACACCGUAUUUCAAUAUCCCUCUUUUGAGUAAGAGGUCCUCAAUUUUCAACUCACGGAGUAAAAUGUAAAUACCUUUAAUAAAGAUCAACCAUUCAAAGUACUGCUGCUCAUUUCUCCCCACUUCAAUAACUAUUCCGGACACCGAAGAAGAGUUAUGUAAUGUUUGGAAAUUUUAUUGCAUAAAUCUUCUUUGUGUUCAGUAAGUACAUAUAUUUAGAUGCAAGUAUGUACCUAGCUUAUUAGUCAAUAUGCGAUGAGAAAACAUGGUACGUAAGAAUUUUAAUUAAAACAAUCAGUAUAAUACGCGAUGGCUAAUUUGAUGAUCGUACUCUCAUAUAUGAUUCUCAGCUUAUGGAUUGCAGAAGCAAGUAGCCUUCAUGCUGCAAAUUCAUCCUCCAAGAAACACCACGUGGCCAAAAAUAGACAAAAUUGGGAAGAUCAUCAAAUAAAGAAAGCUGAAAGAAAAUGUAAAGAAUAUGUGCAAUACGCCUGUCUACAUCGAAAAUCAUUCUAUGAAAAAUAUUACCAUAAGGAUCGAAUACUGAACGGAGAAAAUGUUCCUGAAGGGAUGCUUCCUCAUAUGGCGUCUAUAAUCGUCAAUAGAAGAACACCUAGUCGAACUAUGGACACAAUACGAUGCUCUGGCACAUUAAUCAGCGAUCGAUAUGUGAUGAGUGCUGGUCAUUGUGUGUAUACACAUGACGAACUUAAAAUCAAACUGGGAAGCUUAUACAAUACUGACGAUGGCACAGGUAAAUGGUACGACGUUAAAAGCAUCCACAAACAUCCGGGUUUUGUAGAUGAAUACGAUUUAAACGAUAUUGUCCUAUUGAAAUUAUCCAAAAAGGUGCGUUUUAACUCAAAUGUAAUACCAAUAUGUUUAAACACGAAAUAUAAAGGCGAUUAUGAUCACGUCAUUGCAUCAGGAUGGGGUCAUACUGAAGUUGGAAGACCGUCCAAACAACUCAAAAUGACCGAGUUGCGAUUGAACGGAAAAGCAUUAGAAUCAUCAUGUCGCAGGUAUAUACGAAGCAGAUGGUAUCCAGAAAUUCUCAAAACACAGACCAUUUGUGCUGGAGGAAUUGAAAAUCAACGAGACACGUGCGCGGGUGACUCCGGAGGCCCUUUGCAGGUGCCACUAGAAAGUGGGUGUCCGAAUACAUACGAACAAAUUGGUAUUACCUCGAUUGGAGAAGCUAACUGUACACUGGACACCAAACAUCCUCAUAUCGGACUAUAUGGCAAAGUUGAAUAUUUUGUUCCUUGGAUUGCCAGUGUUGUUUGGCCUGACUCGUCUGACUACCAUCGAAACACACUCGCCAAUUUCACUGAGCAGUUGAUUUCAAACAAAACCAGGUCGUGAAAAUGUACGUGGAUAGGCCUACGUACCUACAUAUAAGUUUGGGUACCAAAGUUAUCUGAUAAAUUUUGUCCAUUUCUUAAAAUAAAUUUUUCAUCUUCGAGUA